AUGCCCGUUCUCACAUUCUUCACCACCCUCGCGGCCUUCGCCAGCCUCACAACCCUCACCGCCGCCCUUCCGUCUCUAACUCUUACGCCCCGCCAAAACACCACCCAACACACCAUGGGCUUCAUCGGCUGCUCCAUGGCCGAGAACGUCGCCCAAGGCUACGUCGCCUCCUCCGGCACCCAUAUGUGGGGGCCCUACGGCACCAGCGGCAUGGUCGUCCAGUCCUGGACCGACCCCAACUCUGCCAGCUGGCAGCUCUUCGACAAACAAGUCGCCCAGUUCGGCAAACCCACCGAGGUUUGGGUGCAGAUUUGCAUUUUCCAGAACCCGGGCGCGACGUACGAGGAAGUGAAACAACUAAUCACGAAUGCGCGUGCACACGCCGCAGAGGGGGCGAAAAUUUGGGUCACCGGCCAGCCGCUGUAUCCGGACAACCCAGGGAGUUGUUUCCUGGCCGGGGCGGAUGGCCCGCAGUUGACGGUGGAUUUGGCGAAGCAGGCCGGGGCAGAUGGGGAGUUGGGGGUGGUGUAUCCGGGGGACUUUGUGUUGAAGACGGGGGAGGUGCAGGAUGGGUGUCAUGCGAAUGCGCAGGGGCAGGCGUCUUUGGGGAAGCAGGCUAUUGCUUUCUGGGGGUAG